GCCUGUUACCAGUGAUUCUCUGGUGCCACUAGUUUAGGUAAUGUGACCCUGGAAUAGUAAAUUUUAUCUUUUUAAUUUUCAACCUUUUUUAUUAGUUGUGGUUUUUUAAUCCAGUUUUUAUGUUUCAUUGUCUCUCAUCCCGUUUUCCCUGAUCUGCUACAGUUCAGUCAAGUGUCUCCCUAUUCGGAUUCCUCCUGUCUAAGUUUCUUAAGUUUGGUCUGGUUUGUAUAAUCUUUCUCUGUUCUGUCUGAUUCCUGCUUGUCCUCCUCAGCUUGGUUUGUCUCAUUUCAUUCCUGGUUCGUCUGAGCUGGUUUAGUCUGUAUCAUCUCCCAGAUCCAAAUAAAGAAAGGUUUCUUUUAAAACAUCUAUCAUUAAUCUUGAAUAGCAUCAAUAAAAACAAAAGUGUGGAAUUUGUAUAAAACCUGGACAUGAUUCUGACCGUUGAGCAGGUUUCACUGCCCAAAGUGGUUCAAACAAAUGUAAAUAUUUCUACAGAUCUAAACUGAUUUGGUUAUCUGAGGGGUGUAAGAAGGUAUGAAUAGCCCUCAGACAUUCUAAUGUAAACAGAAAACUUAAGAUUUGUGUACAAACAAAUAAUACGAUAAACUAUGCAUGUGUCAAAUAGCUGACUGUGUUUUUGACUUCCUUUAUAGUAAAAGCAGAUACAACAAAAGCAGCAAUAAAGACAAAACAUACAUAUAAAAAGUUCAGAUUUGAAUUCUGAGUCCUUUCUUCAGAGGGUUGAUUAGUGGCUCAGGUGAUAAGGUGUUACGUGGGAUAAAGUCUCUCAGGUGAUGGUUAAUAAUCUUGUGGACUUUAGCCUGAAACUCUAAAGAACAAACUGUGUUUGUCUUUAGUCUUUAGACUUCACUCGUCAACUGAGUCAGAGCUGCAGCUGAAAUGGAAGAUGACUCUGAGAGUAACCUGGAAAAUGGAAGAAACCAAAAGCUGGACAAGACAAACUUAGGAACAGAAUGUCCCAGAGAAACAGAUCAUCCAGAUGAAUCAGAGCCUGUAGAGCCAGACAUGAUUUAUACAAUUGAAGAUGUCCCACCUUGGUACUUGUGCAUCCUACUAGGACUACAGCAUUACCUGACAUGUUUCAGUGGCACGGUUGCAGUACCAUUUCUUCUGGCUGAGUCCAUGUGUGUCAGACGGGAUCAAAAUACCGUUAGUCAGCUGAUUGGAACCAUUUUCACCACUGUAGGAAUAACAACCUUAAUCCAGACCACUUUUGGAGUCAGACUUCCUCUGUUUCAGGCCAGUGCAUUUGCUUUCCUGAUUCCUGCUCAGGCGAUCCUUGGUCUGGAUCGUUGGAAGUGUCCCAAUGAAGAUGAGAUUUAUGGAAACUGGAGUCUUCCCCUGAACACCUCUCAUAUCUGGCAGCCUCGUAUCAGAGAGAUUCAGGGAGCCAUUAUCAUGUCCAGUUUGGUGGAGGUCGUGAUUGGUCUGUGUGGAUUACCUGGCCUGCUACUGGAAUAUAUUGGUCCGCUCACCAUCACGCCAACUGUUUCACUAAUUGGUCUCUCUGCGUUCACUACUGCCGGGGAAAGGGCUGGGUCCCACUGGGGCCUCUCAUCACUGUGUAUCCUCCUUAUUGUGCUUUUUGCCCAUUAUCUGAGGACGACAUCACUUCCAAUACCGGUUUAUAGCAGAAGAAAAGGACUGAACUUCAAAAGAGUUCAAAUCUUCAAGAUGUUCCCUAUCAUUCUUGCCAUCAUGUUGGUUUGGCUUGUCUGCUACAUCCUCACUUUAACCAACCUGCUCCCGAGUGACCCAGAUCUUUAUGGACAAAAAGGCCGGACCGAUGCUCGAGGUGACAUUAUGAUAUCAUCACCCUGGUUCCGAGUACCAUACCCUUGUCAAUGGGGGUUGCCUGUGAUAACCGUUGCUGGGGUAUUGGGAAUGCUGAGUGCAACCAUGGCGGGAAUUGUGGAGUCAAUUGGUGAUUAUUACGCCUGUGCUCGUCUGUCAGGUGCUACGCCCCCUCCAAUCCAUGCUAUCAACAGAGGAAUCUUCACUGAGGGUGUUUGCUGCAUCAUUGCUGGUCUUUUAGGGACAGGAAAUGGUUCCACCUCCUCCAGUCCUAACAUAGGGGUUCUGGGCAUCACCAAGGUUGGAAGUAGACGGGUGGUGCAGUAUGGAGCUGGGAUCAUGUUUCUCCUGGGAUCAGUUGGAAAGUUCACAGCACUAUUUGCAUCUUUGCCUGAUCCAAUCCUUGGAGGAAUGUUCUGCACUCUGUUUGGUAUGAUCACAGCUGUUGGUCUGUCAAAUCUGCAGCUGGUUGAUUUGAACUCCUCAAGAAAUCUUUUUGUUCUUGGAUUCUCCAUGUUCUUUGGGCUAACUCUUCCAUCAUAUCUGGACACGCAUCCCAAUGCCAUCAGUACUGGACUGGCAGAACUGGAUCAGAUUCUUAGAGUUCUUCUGUCCACUGAGAUGUUUGUUGGAGGUUUUCUGGCUUUUUGUCUUGACAACACAAUUCCAGGUACAAGACAGGAACGAGGACUUGUCAAGUGGAGAUCCUCUUCCUCAUCUCCUGGCUCUUCCUCCUAUGAUUUUCCUGUAGGAAUGGACUUGGUCAGGCGGGCACGUUGGCUCAAGCGGUUUCCCAUCAGUCCCACCUUCACAGGUUUCAGGGCAUCUGAUGAAGCUCUGCCUACUGAAAGGGAGGAAAGGGAGGAGAGAGGAGCUAAAAAGGAGGAAGAAGAUGAAGUCCACCUUCACAGCACCAAGGUGUGACAGUGAUGUCAUCAGUCUGGAAGACUGAAAACAACAUAAACCUUUGUUAACAAAGUCUGAGCAAUUGAUUAAUGUGAUUAAAUUAUCAAAGGGUGGCUCCUACCAAUAACAUGAGGACUGAAAACUUCUAGAAGCUUAAAGGCUGGUCAUCACCUUGCUGCUGUUAAAACUGAAUUAGCAGGAUGCACAUUUGUGUCUGUGUCAUUUAUGCCGUUUCUUCUUGGAAACACAAUUCUCUGUUUUCUAUUUUUAUUCAUGUUUUUGAUUCCUGAAGGUUACAGUAACAGCCUAAUGCCCUUGUGUAUUUACCUGUAUUAUUUUUCCCACUCUAAGUGUAUGUGUUGCCUUAAUGAGUGAAUAUCCCCACAGCGGGCAUUCUAUUCUAUUCUAUCAUUCAGGUUUGUCAAUAAAUAACUAAUGAAAAUAUAAGACAAUUCUUUUUACUUUUACUACUUUGUUCAUUUCCUCUUGUAGAUGUUUUAUUUUUCAGAACAAAAACUAAUUUAAAAAAAGGAUAAUACGUCUCUGAAUAGGAAAGAAGUUUUUUGGUUAAACAUGUAAAGAUUUGUAGGUGUUCUGGGAUUUUAGGUGAGACUUUCCUUCUUUUUUUUUCUCUUCCAUUUUCCUUUCCAUGGCAGCUUCAGACCCAUCUGUCAGCUACCAUUCAUCUCCAAGAUCUUGUAGUAGGUUUCUUUAGAGGUCAUUCCAAAGCCUUAGACAGAGAAUGUUGUGACACUGUUUGAACUCGCCGAGACACGGUCACGUGGUUCGUGUAGCCCUGAAUAGCUCCAAACAACUCAGCACUGCUAGUCUAUAUGAGUGGCUUCUGGACAGAAUUGACGCUAGAACGACUCUUUUCCCAUUUCUACAGUGAUUUUUUGGUGAUUAUUGACCAAUAACAUUUAUUGAUUAUUACACUGAUUAUGUAUUUUAUCAAGCGUUUAUCAAAGAACUUUUGGAGCAGCAUGACCGACAUUUAUCAGUUUUAUAUUUUAGAAGGCAGCCAGACUGCAAACAGAACACAGAAAACAUGUAGGUUACAGAUCAUAUUCAGCUAAAAAAUGGAUAAUUGUAUAACUAUUUAAAUAUUACAUUAAUCAAUGUAAGGAUGUAGUUUAUAAUUUGAGAGCUUCUGUUGUCUGCAUGCUAGCAUAGAUGCUAUACUUUUUGUGGCAAGGUGGAAAAACGAGGGCCCGGGCGGGAUUCAGACCCCAGACUCCCGGGUGAGAGUCAUACGCUCUAACUAGUCAGCCAAAGGGACAUCCCCUUGGCCAAGAAGCCAGGGCGCAUGAUCAAUCGGGACAUUGUGACAGGACGCUCACACUGUCACACUGAUAUAGACUUGAAUGUGCCAGUGGUUCAGAGCUCUGCUCCUGCUUUGCUUCAAAUCUACAAAGCAGGAGAUAUUAUCGUGCAGGAUGGCGCCGCAGAUGGCAGCCUCGGUACAUUGCUCUCUUUUGUUUGUGUUGUUUUUGUAUAUUUUUUUGGAAAUCAGCGAUGCAAAACGGAUUACUUUCAGUAGAGAUGAACUACUGUGUAUCAGGCAACAAACCACAGAGACGGAUUUUCAAAAAUUUGAGGACCCGGGGAGUUUAUUGGAAGUUUUGAUCAGAGGUACUGCUGUUUGUUGGAGAAGGAAACGCAGGAGGGGUAAACGAGCAGGAGCGCUGGUGAGACUCCGCCAGCGGGGAUUUCGUAUGCCUCUCCCAGCACACUCACCUUCCUCAAAUCUAACAAAAUUGGUGUCAAACAUUUGUGCUGGUUUGUGCUGCAAUAUAAUAGUAGUAUAUCAAUAAUAUGAAGAAAAAAUGUAAUAACUAUAACUGUGACGCUGGAACGAAGAAGAAAAACUAUGUAAAUAUUCACAAGAAUGUUUUCUUCUAGUUACACAGCUAUGUGGCAUCCAUGGACGUCACUAGGAUUGAGAUAUGUGUGUGUGUGUGUGUGUGGGGGGGGGGUCCCAGGAGCUUGACCUUGAACAUUUUUUGUCACACCCUGCAAAAACGUAGUCAAUUAAUUAAUUAUUUGAAGGACAUUUAACAAAAGCUGUUAUUUUAUCACUUUCUUUUCCAUUCCUACCUUCGUGCAUUUUCUUUCUUCUUUUUAUCAAAAAAUAACACUUAAUCAGUUCAUUGGUGGGGUCUAUGUUGAAGAAAGAUUUUUUUAUAAGUCCAUAAAAAAAUUAGAUAUGUUAUAUUUCCAAAUAAAGCUAUUCAUUUCAGUCUACUGCACUUAACAGGGGGAAAUGUUGUGGUCAUUUAUUUAAUUUGUUAAUUGUUAAUUACAACUUGCUUAGUUGUAAAUGCAACUGAAAUAUGACAAUGAAGAACAAAUUAAUAAAUGUCAAACUUUUAUUCUGCCAAAUGAGUGUACAAUUGACAAUUUUAAUAAAUGAAGAACACUGCUAUGA